CGAAUAAUAUUGCGCCUUUCUUGAAAGUGUUUAGAUUUCCAUCAGAUUAAAAGUUUAAUGUUUUUGAAUUUAUUUUUAUUAAUAGUAUCUGAAUAGAGAAUGAUUCAGUUCUAUAAAAGCUGUUCAUAGUCAAGAAUUUGGGUUUCCUUUUUAUAUCUACUUACCUUUUUUAAUAUUAUUAUGAACCGUUCAAGUUUGAGGUUAAAAAGUGCCUAUUGCUCACCAAGCUAGUAAACAGUAUUUUUAUAUAACUUACCCUUUAUUUAUUAUUGAAUAAGUAAAAAAUGUUUUUUCUAAUCUACGAGGUAAUAUAUAAUUAUAAAUCUGAUCACUAGCUUUUAACAUUGAAGUUUUAGGUGUCUCAAAUAUCAUUAAUUCUGAAAAUGGCAUCCAACAAUCCUGAAUUUUAUGUCUGUAACUUGAGAUUGGAUUCACCUGAGAACUCAACUAUUUUUAUAAAGAGUGAAUUAUGUGAUACAUUGCUUCAAAUAGUUCUAUUCGAUGGUGUAUUUACUUGGACUGGUAAGAUGCAGUCAGAUGCCAUUGCAAUGUUCAGUGAGCAGUUGGGUCUAUCCGUGCAAGAGUAUAUCAGUGAGUGCAGAGAUGCUUUCAGUACAAACGGACAAGAAAAAGGUUUCAUCUUUACACUCAUAGAUGAUACAUUCCAGUGGAAGAAAGAAAGUUUUGCAUAUGAGGAUUCUAUUUGGUAAAAUAAAUAUAGAAAAGACUCCGGUUGUUGACACUCUUCAGAAGAUCAUCAAUGAGAUGUUGUGUGAGAACCUCAAUUUGAAGGAGAAACUGGAUAGAAUACAAAGAGAAAAGAUGAAUUUGAUGCUGGAUAAUAAGCACCUUAUUGAAACAUUGGAAGAGAGCAAUAACAUGAAAAAUAGAAUGGAAAAUGAUUUGUUUGAACGGUUUAUUAAAGUUUUGAACUCUAAGAAAGAAAAAAUCAAAGAGUUGAGACAGAAUGCUCUUUCAAAAGGUAAAGGUGCACCAAAGGACAUUGAUAAAUAUGAAUGUGAUACGGACGUUGACAGUGAGAGUGAGGAAGAAGGAGAUAAACAAGCGAGCAGUGCGUCAGACAAGGAUGAAAUGACUCCAGAUGAAAUGCAACUGUCAGACUCCGAUGAACGGCUCAACAAAUGCGUUCUCCUUCCCAAGAGAAAUCGCCAGAAAACAUCUUUAGGCAACAAAAAAGUUGCAUGUCAACAGACAACUAGUUCCGGCUGUGAUGAUAAAAGUGAAAAAGCACCAACCGUUGUUCCUAGUACAUCAGGUAUGAAAGUAAAUCGUGUUGCAUUUGUUGAUAGUGAAGAUGAGUUACAGGAUGGUCAUCAACCUUCAGUUAGUGAUAGGGAAAAAAUAACACCCAACCCCAAACCUCAAGCAAAUACUAUGCACUCGCCCAAAAAACAUGGACGAUUCAGAAAGCAAGUAUUUGAAGAUGACACUUCAAAACCAGAUUCAGAAAUUGGUCCCAGUGCAGCCAAAGUGCCUAAGAUAGAAAAUGUAAGUUCCAGUGAUGAAAUUAAGUCUGUUGAAAGUGAUAAUAUUUGUAAUAAAAUGCAUAGAGAACCUGAGGUUUGUGUGAAAAGUGAAGAGUUUACAAGCUCUGAACAAGUUUCCGUGAGAGAUCUUAUUGAUGGGCUUUUCAGUUAGUACUAAAUCUACAAUUUAAUCAUUAUGAUAAUUGAGUUAUUGAUUCUUUGUUGGCCGAUAUUCAUAAUUUUUCUGAAUAUUUUUCUGAUGAUCACAAAUAUUACAUUUAAAAGAGGUACUUGUGGUAUUGAAAUGAGUUAUUGAAGUGUGUAGUGAUCAGAGCUCGAAAAUUGAAUUUAUGUAGUGAGAAAUAGUAGGUAUAAAAAUUAAUUUUUUUCAAGGUAUGGAAAAUUGAGAAGAUCGCAAUGUUUUUGUGGCAAUGAUCAUUUUUAUGAAUGAGAGGUUUGGAAUUAAAAAUCACUUUCUGGCGAAAACAUGUUGCAUUUGUAUUCUCUACUCCGUUUAGAGUAUACAAGUACAAUAAUAAUAGUUGUAUUCAGAGUACAAAACUGCUCCGUUUUCUAGUAAAUCUUUAUAUCAUACUCUGCUAAUUUUAUCCAAUUCUGGAAAUUCCAAAUGACUUGACUGUUAAAAAAUUCUACAAGUUUGCUUGAAAAUCUCCAUAAGUUUUGUAUGCUUUUGUUCGUUCCUGGUCUCAAGUUUUCUUGCUUCUUGAGUGAAUUUCUCAGCUUCGUAUAGCCUUUUCGAUCAGAAUAAUGCCUCUCCUUUGCGGUAGUGCGACUUUACAUAAGUUGGGAACCGCCCUUCAAUGUGUGUGGCAUGUUCUAGGCCUGCAAGAAUCCUCCUAGCUUCAUAUGUGACGAGAAGAUGCAUUGUUCAGCAUACUAUCAUUUAGAUACUUUCCAUAUUAUUUAUAAUUAAUAAAUAUUUCUAUUAAUAUUCAUUUGUAUAAAUAUUAUAUUUACUCAAUAUUUCUACCUAAUAUAAUACAGGGCCCGGCAUAAAAACCUGACGAUUUUUGAGGGAUAAUAACUAAAGUGUCUUUCGUACAAUUAAAUCAUAUGAUAUAUCAAAUUGAAGAUCAAGUUUUGCAAUUUAUAGUGAAUUACGUAGAUUACUCACAAAGUAUUUUAUUUGUAGAUUAUGUCAUCCAAAUGAUUUCCGUUACUUUUCACACACUCACUUAACCUAAUUCUAAAAUUUGCCAUUGCUCGCUCAAUCAUCACUUGUGGAAGUGCUUGAAAUUUUCGUUGAAUGACUUCCUUUAGUUCUGUGGAUUAUUGGCUGCUCAAUAACGGUAAUUUUGUUUAUUCACAAAAUCCCGAAAGAUGAAUAUGUUCCUCGUCACUUGAAAGAAUAACGGCAUCCUGGUGGAAAUUUUUGAGAAUAAUCUCGCAAGCGGCUUUGCAAUGUGCCCAAUAAUUUGCAUCAAGUUAUAACACUAACAUUAUCUUAUACAGAUGAAAUUUUAGGUCGGAAUGAAGAAUUCGUCGUACACUUCGAUCAGAAAUGGCUAGCAACAGCAUGUUUCGCUUCUGAAUGUCGUGGAGACCGUGUAACAGCUACUCAGGCGUUUUUGAGGCGUUCUCACGGUUCGUUUUCGUCCUGUUGGUUUCGUUUUUAAAGCGGACAACGUUUUCCUGAAAUUCUUUACCCAUAACAAGAUCGUAUUCAUACUAGUAACAGGCGCGUGUCGAUUUAAAUUAUUGAAGUGUCUGACAUAAACGCCGUGUUUAAAUAACUGAGUCAUUAUUUUUAAAAUAAGCUACAAUCACAAUCGCUUGAUGUUCACUUGACCACGACAUACUGGCUACUGAAAUGGCAAGAAUAGGCCUAUCGAUGUACAACAUUCCCAGUGGUUCAAACAUAACAAUUACUACAAAAUCGUCAGAUUAAUAUGCCGGUCCCUGUAUUUACUUAAUAUUUCUACUGCUCCUUAAUGGUGAUUCAGCAGGUUAGCUUUUGGGUAGGUUUUUUGUCCAAGGUCCUCCGCAACAUUGUAGAGCGAGAAAAAGUUGCAACGUGAAACUAACAGAAUGUGACAGUGCAAAGUGGAAACUGAGAUUCAGACAUAUGGGACUGCGGCCGGCCAAUUUUAGAUGGAUUCGCCAAAUCGGUCUCUCCAUUUGAAAUGCAUGCCUACAGUCAUUCACACAUAGGGAACUGUGCUGCUGUCGUGUUGCAUUGGUGUUGCGACUGUGUUGUUUGAGACGGGCUACACACUGGUAUCGCAAGACGUGUCGUGUCGUAUCAAAUUUCAUGAGACAUGCAUGUCUUUUGCAUGUCUCUGUCGCUUGUCUCGUGAUUUUCGGUUAUCACAAAGCUGUAUUACAGACUGAGCAUGAGCAGUGACAAACAGUGCUCAGUGCUGGCAGUAGACAGUGGCUGGAGCGCAUGCUCAGAGUAAUGUCUCGCGCGACACAUGUCCGAUACACAGGCGAUGCCUCAAACAUCUGUCGCAAGCAGUGAGUAAGCUCUGAUCUUACAACACAGGUUGGUUUCAUAUGCGACAUGCCUCGGACAUGAGAUUUGUCGUAGACAUCAUGUCUACGACACCAGUGUGUUGCCCGCCUGAGACCUCUUCAAGGCCACGGUCUCAUGCCCUGUGGGUUGCCGAAGCGGCUUCGGCUGUUUCUGUAGAGCCUUGGGCAUCUUCGUAUACACCUGCCGGCUGUUCUGGUUUGCAGAUGUUUACCAGCGUUCUACCCUACUACCAUCAUGCAGUUCUAGUCGAUACUUGACCAUCUAUUGUGAGAAGAGUAUUAAAAAAGUGAAUUCGGAAUGGAUGAUGAAAAGCUGAUUCUAUUUGUACAAGUUUGUAUGAUCUGCAGCAUGCAUAUUACGGUAAUAGUAGGAGUUAAUUUGUGGAAGGAAAUUUCAAUUAAAAUGCAGUUAUCAAUAGAUAAAUGCAAAUCUAAAUGGAGGAAUCUUCGUUCGUACUACAGGAGAGCUCUUUAACGGCGAAAACCUGUUAGCGGACAAGCCGCGAUAAAAAUGCAAAAUUGGCGCUAUGAGGAUUGAAUGGCCUUUUUAAAACCUCACAUUCAAGAGAGAGAGACGGUGAGUGAUUUGUCUCCGCAUGAACAUGAGACAGAGUUGAGUGUUGAGGUAGGUGAUGAAACUAAUGACUUAGGGACACCGGUGGUAUCUCCAGCUACCACCUCUUUGUCACCAGCUCAGACUCCAGUUUCAGCUCGACCUCCAGCAAAAAAGCUCGACCUCCAGCCUCUUUUCAUGGUUGAAAUGAAAUAUUUUGAUAGAUUAUCACUUUAAAUACUUAGGGCCGCUUGCUCAGUAUAGAUUGCUAAACUCGAUUAAGUUAAUCGAGUUUAAGUUAAUCUGAAAGUUUAAACUUGAAUCGGUUUUCUCAGUGCAUUUACUAAUCCAGUUUAAGUUGAACUAGUUUAGCGUUAAGUUGGUAAUAGAAUGUCAUCGUUUAUAAUAUCAGGAAGGGUAAUUUUCACAGGAAAUUUGCUAUUUGUUUACAAACCAUCAGUAAAUUGAGGUUAUGUAGCUACUAUUUCCUGGUUCAAAAUCCACAGAGCUGUAAGCUGUACGGUAAUAAAAGUGAAAAGCGAUCAAUAAAUUCUUCAAAAAAUAAUGAAAUGCUAUAUUACUAUUAGAAACAAACUUAUAUUUAGUUGGCACCAAAAAAUAUAAUCUAGAAUGUAAGAUAAAAACCUUAUUUUGUUAUGAAAAUCUACUUAAAUCUACUACGGUCUUCCUCGUUUAUUAGAAAUAUCUCGAAAGCAAAAUAUCUCAGUUAUGAGUUAUUAAAAACAUGUUUUCUAAUGAAAAAUCACUGAUAAAAAUUGUCUUAUUUUCUAUCGAGUGGCUUAUUUAAUCAAAUACUAAAUUAGCACAUGCUUUACUCAAGCAAAACCGUUAAAAAAAUUCUCUAUCAUCCCAGAAAUUUAAAUGAUUCGUUUUUUGCCUAAUUUUUCUCAGUUCCAAAAUUUCUUCAGUCAUCUUCAUCAAUCGUUUUGAAAACUUCUAUCAAUUCCUGUCAAUUCUAUCAAUAAUGAUUCACUAUAACCUAAAUAAUAAUUAUCGUCUACAGAAGCAUUAAAAACAAACGUCGAAAAAUAAUUGACUAUUAGCUGUUUCCCCAUCAAAUUUUAGAUGUCUAGUUAAUCCAAAUUAUUUGGUUUAAACCUCCUGUUUUGGAGGUUUAAACUUUCCCAGAGUUUAAACUCAAUACAGAGUUUAAACUGAUACUGCGCAAACGGAAUUUUAGUUUAAACCAAAAAAAUCCAGAUUUGGUUUAAGCUUUAGCUUAAACUUACACUGUGCAAACGGCCCUUAGUCUUCAAACGAUUUGGCAACGUUGCAGUGGUAGAAAAGGAUAGAGCUAUCUUCAGUGUCUAAUGGCAGUCAAGGCUAGCAAACCAAUGGUAAUCAGGUGUUGACUCAACUUGGUUGUGACUAUUGAUGUAGGUGGUACCGGCGAAAUGAAAUACCCGGGGCGGAUCAAAACUAGCAAACCACACUGCAAAUUGAGAUCAAAGGUAUCUCUUUUCACCCUUGAAAUUCCACUGCAUUUCAAUCUAAAUUCUUCUUUAUUUUCUAUACAUUGUGUGUAUUAUAUCCUCUAGCUAUUCCUUGCUAUGCAUAUUUAUAUUUCCAAUGUUAUACGUCUGAUAACUGCAGAGCACACUUCAAUAACUUGAAAAUAAAUGGAAUGGUUACAUUGUAAAAUUGUGAAUGAAUAUAAACUUUUAUUUAUUUAUUUACAUACAAAAGCUCACAGAAUAAAUCCAUGUCUUAUAUCAAUAUCACGAGUGUCAGCUCCCAAUACACGUUUCAGAACAUUUUAAUUGUAAACUUGUUUUAAUUUCUUGAUUUUAAAUGUGCAUUCCAUGAAGAUACUCUAUCACAAAUCAAAUUAGGUUUAUCAAUUCAAAUUGAAAUUGUUACUUGUUCAGGAAUACGGAAUUAGUUAUUUGUGCAACUAGUGCGCAAAGUGACAGUUUGCUGCAUCGAAAGAAACGUUUACGCCCGAGCCGUAGGCGAGGGCGGAAUGGUUUCUUGAGUGCAGCAAACGAACUUUGCUCACGUAUUUCACAUUAAAUUUUUCCUACAGUUACCAUUGAAUAUGAAAAGUGGGUAAUUAUGGGUAAAAUUGCCUGAAUAAUGUAUGUGUGUUUGAAUGGCGGGGGGCAGCUGUGUGGUGUGUGCUGUGGUGGCACUGUGCUGUCGUUGUCCUUGGUUAUAAUAUCUACUUAAUAAUUAGCGCGUUGUGCUUCGUUGCACCUCUGCUCACUAUAGCAGCCCAUUCACUGUUACCAACUUAAUUUCGAUUUUCCUGCACUGGUGCUCCAUAUAACCUACUAACUAUUUUGCGUUGUCAUGCUGCAAAUCUGGAGUACGCAAAGUACUCACUUUGCGCACUAGUGCGGAAAAGUGAUUCUUUGCAGCCUGCAAUCAGUGCACAAAUGGUCACUUUUCAGGGUAUCUGUAGGAAAAAAUAUAUUUUUUGUUAUAAUAGGCCACUUUUAAGCACUUUUUCAGGUCUUCCUAGUAGCCUAGAUUAUAAAAACUCAUAGUCCAUUAUAAGUGCAUGCUAAUAUUAUUUGGACUUUUUCUUGUAUUAAAGUUACUGUUUAUUCAUUAUUUUUCAACUUUCAUAUUUGAAAAAAUACUAUCUUUGAUCUUUUGUUACCAAAGUUUGUUAUAGGCUAUGAAAAUACAAUUUAUUGAUGUACGAUUGAGAUUUAUUUCUGAGAAAAUUUCCACUUCUGAGCUUAUAGUUAUUGGUCAACUCAAGUGUACCGGUACCUGAACUUACAUCCAUAUCAAUCACAUCAAUCAAUUGCGAAAUAGAAACAGUCGACUCUCGUUAAUACGAAUUUGAAGGGACCAGAGAAAAACUUGGAAUAAUCGAGAGUGCGUAUUAUUGAGAGUCGACUGUAGUUGGAAACAAAUGAAUGAUUGUCACAAUGUUUUGACAUAUGAAGUGUUAUGCCAUUAAAUUCUAAAUAAAUGAUAUAAUCAAAUAUAUUAAUAAUCAUAUUUACAUUAUUGUAAUUUGUUGACGGUUUUAAUAGCAAUGUUGAAAAUAUUGUAUUAGAAUAGAAUAGAUCUAUAUUAUUUUCUAAUACUCAGCUUAAUAUUGUAAUGUUAUUCAUAAAAACAGUACUGUAGACUACACCUCAAUAUGAUUGAAGAAAAUAGCUAUUUAUGUAUUAAGAGCGUAAUGCGCGACUUUAUCGCUCGCGCAAGACAGUUAUCAUGCGACGCGAAGCAGAGCGUGAUAAUUUUGCAAGAGCGAUAAAGAAGCAUUACACGCGAAUUACAUACAAUUUUUUUCUACAACUGCCCAAACCUAUUAAAUUACUUAUAUCGGCGGAGUUACAAUCACCGACUUUUUAGUUUAAGAUCUGACCUUUUGGCGAGCUGCUUACCAUCAGCUGAUUAGCGAGCGUAAAGAAACUCUUCUGCGCAUGCGCGAAUGAUUAGCGAGCGUUAAAAAAAUCUACUGCGCAUGCGCGGAUGGUUAGCGAGCGAAAAAGUAGAUUCUCCUCAGAAAUAAGCUGUUUUACGAGGAGAAUUGAGUAUGUAAAUUCUUUUUUACACGCAGUUUUGUUGAAAAAUUAUUUUUUCGAGUCUAUCAACGUGUAAAUUUCAUGUAGCUAGAAAGCGAUCACUUGGACCAUUAUUCUCUUUAAUAUUUUAAUCUUUUAAUGUGAUUUUAAUUUCCAAUCUAGUCGUUCAACAAUGUUAUAAAAAAACAAAGACGUGUAGUAAAUGUUGAGUCAUUCCAUUAAAAUUAGAAUAGGUUAUAAAAAUUUAAUAUUUUGUGAUUGUUCAGUAUUUUAUUUGAUGAACAAUAGUUUGAAAUAUUUAUGCUAAAAAUUGCAUGAUUUUAUUCUCUACUGUACCAAUAUUGUAAAAUGAUUUGUUCAAAAAAUGUCAAUAUCCAGCGUCCAUUUCAAGACAAUAAAUUCCAAGGUAUAAAUUAUGUAUUAUUACUGUAAAUUAUAGAUUGUAAUAAAAUUUAUUUCUGAUCUA